CGACAGAUUGCCCUCAACCCUAAAAACUUUUUCUUCGUUAUCUUCUUCUCCUCAGAUCUCUCCUUCUCUCACUACUGCAAACGGCGAUUGGAAAGAAACACAAGGUUUCGAUUCUGGGUUUCUUCAACUCCUUCCAGAAAACGAGAAGAGAUUACGUUUGGACAUAAAUCACAACUAGACAAGACAAGAAGAAUGGCUGAUGACAAAUGGACCGAUGAAGAAGUUAGGUAUUUCUUUGCUCUUUAUGCUGAUGAGAAAAAGAAAGGGAACAGACCAAGGAGUGACAUAAAUCUAGCUGGAAGAGAGUUCAUCAUAAAUAAGUUUGAAGAGAAAUUUGCUAAGAGAUGGAUAUGGGACAGGUUUAAGAACAAGGUUGAUAUUAGUAGAAAAGCAUAUAUCAAGUUCAAGAAUCUUACCCACAACAGAACCGGACUUGUAUAUGAUGCUUUGGGAAGGUUGGCGAUGUCGGAAGGUUGGUGGGAUCAACGCAUUGCGGAAUGGCAAGGUGCAAGAAAGUAUAAGAUCAAAGUGCCUCCAAACAUGGAUUUAUUUGAAGCAGAGUUUGGUGCUGUUACUGUAACUGGAGCAGAGGGAUGGUGUGCUCAGCAAGGAGAAGCUAGCUUAGAUUCUAGAGUAGAUGCAGAGAAGAAUGAUGAGUCUGAUUCAGUUGACACUGAUAUGCCAGCACCAAGAGAAGGAACCAGUAGGGCUGGAUCUUCAAAAAGAAAGCGUAAGGAAUGUGAUCAAGAGCCUUAUGUUGUACGGAAUGCAAUUCUGGCUGAAAAAAAUAAGAUAGCUAAGGAGAUGGUAGAGAUAAUGGCAGAGGAUCGUGUGUUGUUGCAGCAGGAUCGCAAAUUCCGUAUAGACUCAGUGUUGGAGAUACUUAAUAAGCUGCCUGGAGUGAUAAUGUGGUCACCAUUUCACAUUGGUGCACUUAACCAUCUCAAAGCCGUUGAAGGAAACAGAAUGGCUUUUAUGUCUUUCUCUAGUGAUGAUGAUAAAAUUAGCUAUCUUGAGAAUAUGAUUGGAGUUAAGAUGUAUGAAGGAUUGUAGUGUGUUUUAGUAUCACUCUUUUUAGUAAAACUGUUUUAAUAUGACUCGGAUUGUAGUGCUUCUUUUAAGCCAAUGACUUUUGUUUCAUUUCUUUUGUUAUGACUCAGAUUGUUGCUAAUGGUCACGUGUUGGCAUGA